ACCUACAUUUUGGCAUAGAUAAAGAAGGUGGGCAUCAGAUUGAUUCCCAUUGGGUUCUCGGUUUACAUUGUCCACUAUGUAGGGAAAAACAUAUGAGUUUGCGAGAUCCAGGAAUUCCUCUCAUCGAGGUAUUAGAAGCUUAUCCUGAAAAUUCAGAACUGAUUCAGGAGUUAAAGACCCAAUGCUUCACAUCACCUAUCCCUUGGAACAAUACCCUUAAAUUCCCGGAUAAAAGCAUAGUAGUGGAGGCAUAG